UCCCGUUAUAAAGGCAGCCCACCGCGCGCUCCGCUCCAGCACGCCCUUCCAUCCAAUUACUCGCCACACCUGGUGCAUCAGUCUCUGGUCUCCGGACUCCAGCCUCCGCUUCAGCUCGCCAUGGAUCCUAACUGCUCCUGCUCCGCCGGUGAAUCCUGCUCGUGUCCUGGCUCCUGCAAAUGCAAAGAGUGCAAAUGCACCUCCUGCAAGAAGAGUUGCUGCUCCUGCUGCCCAGUGGGCUGUGCCAAGUGCGCCCAGGGCUGCAUCUGCAAAGGGGCGUCGGACAAGUGCAGCUGCUGUGCCUGAAGUCGGGGAGACACUGCCCCAGAUGUAAAUAAAGCAAUAUGUACAAACUUGCAUUUUUUUUUAAUUCAACCUGAACCGUUUGCUAGUCCCCCACCCCACCCCCGCUAUAAAAUACAUGAAUGAUAAUAAAAGUUGUUGGCUUUA